AUGGCCAUUGACGAAGAGCUCUCAGCACUCAGUCUCGGAAAGGAGACAACACAGGUUCCUGUCUGUGCAACGUGUCAAUCACCAGCAAAUUUGGCUUGCAAGGGUUGUCUACUCGUCACUUACUGCGGCACAGAAUGCCAAAAGGCCCACUGGGCUAUCCACAAGUCGGACUGCCGCUGUCCACUUUCCAAAGAUGACUGGCAGCUAUCUUGGGUUGUUCAGAACCGAUCUCCGGCCUUCACUGGCAAUUCAGAUGGUCUUGUAGCAUUUGGCGGUAAGAAGUACUUCUGGGGCAAUGUCCCAGCGUACGAUGUGGUGAAGCUCGAGCGAAAUGAGGCCGCGAUGUAUCAGGGCAAGCUUCAGCUCUUGUUUGCAGCGUCUGGCGAUGUGCGCAACAUCAUCACGUCCAUCUCAUCUUUACCAUCGACUUACAAGCGAUCCAUCCACGUCACCAGCAACGACCUCGACUUCGAUGUUGUGGCGCGCAACAUCAUCAUUCUGCUCAUCGCCCUCAUCGUUGAGGAUGACGGAACAGCCGUCGACUGCAUGCUCCACAUCUGGUAUUCCGCUGCCCUUCGCCAAGCGCAUCUGGACAUACUCACACUUCGAAUUCGACCAUUUAUUGAGGACGUGACCCAGAAGGUUGCUUCAAAGCCAGCUGGAAGCCUCCUCGGAAAGACAUGGACACUCGGUUCCCACACCAUCCGAGUCGAGCUUACCAAGCAGCAAUGGGAUGCUCUACUUCUUUUCUUCGACAUACCACCGGGCUUGACCCCAGCCUUAGCUAAACAAGCUCGGGAUGCCGUCGUUUCAGCACCUAGUCGACUCGACUACAGAGAGCGACACAUGGUCAUGCUGCAGCCAUCACACCGUCUAUGCUUCGCCAAGUUCCGAGAAGAUGGUAUCUUGUUGCCUUUCGGAAAAUCGAGGGAUCGGUACAGCGUCCCCAACCCGACUUUCUGCCAGUCCACGUCAUGGCCCAUGAAGGACGAUGCCGAGCCCACCGCUGGCUGGGACCUCGAAGACAUCAUCAACACCUCUGCAGGCCCUGCCAAGAACGAUUUCUACGGGAAGCUCUUCGUGCUGAUUUCACAGAAGCUGUACGCCUUCCGCCAGAAGCUUGCAACUCAGGUCUUCGACUUCCGCCUUACCAACGUCAACGCUAUCGAGCUCUCGGACGCAUCAGGCGGCAAUUCAUACGCACGCAUUGAGGUACAGCGCUCCUCGUACCCUUAUAGCGACUCUACUAACGACUCAAAGGUCUCCAACAUCUCGGACGGUGGCUACCUCGGUAUCAAGCGCACCGUCGAAAAGUUCGGUCCGAUGCUUCAACACCCCAAGAAGAACCCUCAUGCCACCCUCAUCACGCUCUUCAUGAACGCCACCCACGAGAUCAACGCACAGCGCUCCGAUCAUGAAGCUCGAGCUCUCAUGACACUGCAGACCCGUCGCAUCGCGAAGUACAUGACCUUUGGCCCCAUGGACUUGCACAGCCCCUGCGGACCCCCGGUGAUCAAGAUGAUGAUGGCGCAGGAGCUCGUCAAGAAUGUCGACCAGGACUUCGAGCAGUACAUGAAGUGGACCAACUUCAAGGAAGUGGAGCAGUCUGGCCGCCUGGAAGUGAAGAAGGAGAACACGAUCAUCGAGAAGUGGCCGAUGAAGCUGAAGCUGAAGCCAGGACAGAAGGGUGCCAAGGAAGAAUUCGAUCUGCUUCUUUCGUCGUCUCAUACCGGUCAGGAGCGGUACGUCGAGUGGAAGGUCAAGCAAUGA